CGCCGUACUUUCUCGUGUCGCGUGUCCUUGAUCUCUUUGCGAUCCUUUUGCCGGCUCGUCGACGGUGUCGCUUGAUUUUACGUUAUAAUUUCCCGAAAUGGCGCAAAACAAAUUUAGCGAGAUGGCCUCGCGCUUCGGCAAAGGCACGAAUGGGGUACCCAUAAGCGUCAAAUUCCUCGCUGCAGCCGGUGUUGCAGCCUACAGCGUCUCCAAGUCUAUGUAUACAGUUGAGGCUGGUCAUAGAGCGAUCAUAUUUUCUCGACUGGGUGGCAUUCAAAAGGAUAUCAUGACCGAGGGCCUGCACUUUCGUAUUCCAUGGUUCCACUAUCCGAUAAUUUAUGACAUUAGGAGCAGACCUAGGAAAAUCUCGUCACCUACAGGAUCCAAGGAUCUGCAGAUGGUCAACAUUUCUCUACGUGUUCUCUCUCGUCCUGAUGCUAGCACAUUGCCAGCUAUGUAUCGACAACUGGGUCUCGAUUACGAUGAGAAGGUGUUGCCAAGCAUCUGUAAUGAAGUGUUAAAGUCUGUUGUCGCUAAAUUUAACGCUUCGCAAUUGAUAACGCAAAGACAACAAGUGUCUAAUAUGGUUCGCAAGGAAUUGACAGAACGAGCUCGAGAUUUUAAUAUUGUUCUGGAUGACGUCUCGAUAACUGAGCUUAGUUUUGGCAAAGAAUACACUGCUGCAGUUGAGGCCAAACAGGUAGCACAGCAAGAGGCCCAACGUGCUGCUUUUGUAGUAGAAAGAGCUAAACAGGAACGACAACAAAAAAUUGUACAAGCUGAGGGAGAGGCAGAAGCAGCCAAAAUGCUUGGUUUAGCUGUUAGCCAGAAUCCUGGAUAUUUGAAGUUACGUAAAAUACGAGCUGCACAGAACAUUUCGCGUACAAUUGCUAAUUCCCAAAACAGAGUGUUCCUCAGUGGCAAUAGCUUGAUGCUGAAUAUUCAAGAUCCCACUUUCGAUGAGGGUUCAGAUAAGCUGAAAAGUCACAAAGGAGUGAGCUGGAAGAGCUGGGAUGAGGCAGCUGAUUAUGCCAUCCGGAGUUUAAAUACCAGUUCUCAUCAGGCAUUGUUAAAUACCGAAAAGCUUGGCAUCGAAGCUCAACCAUAUAAAGCAAGCAGGAUCCCUUCAUCUCUCCUACUGGAAUCAGCAGAUGAUGGUGUUAAGCUUAUAAAACCGUGACGAUAAGAAAGAUCUUGCGAAGCGAGCACAUUUCCACCCAAUAUCACAAACUUUCCUUUCCUCCUGUUAAAAAAUACUGUCUUAUUGUCUAU